AUGACUAACCGCAGUCCAAGAAAAAAAAUGCCGGCACAACAAGUCAACUCUCCGCCACCGCCUUCCGCCACCGGGUUUUCCACCUUGCAUCCAGAUAUCGUCGAAGCCCACAUCCUCCCCCGUUUAGACGGGCCAUCUCUCGCCUCCGCCGCCUGCUGCACCACCACUCUCCGCCGCCACUCCGGCCAGGACAACCUCUGGUCCAACAUAUGCCACUCAACUUGGCCGUCCACCGCCGCCUCACCACAAGUCAGCCAACUCAUCUCCGCCUUCCCCAACGGCGGGCCUCGGACCUUCUUCUCACACGCUUUCCCUCUCUUAACAGAUCAAAGCUGUCACGGCCACUCAUCCUUAAUCCCACCACCGCCGGAACUACUCUCAGCCGUCGAUAUAAAGUACCACGACAAUCUAAUCUUCACAAAACUCCAUGAAACUUCAACCGACGGCGGGUGGUUCCGCUCCUCUCCCUUCCGGAUCGACCUGCUGGAGCCGAAGGACGUGGUCCCCACCGCCGUCAAGUAUCUCGCCGGAGACGAAUCAGCUGCCGAAAUCCUCGACAGCAUGACACUGAGUUGGAUUCUGAUCGACCCAAUCGGCCGGCGGGCGGCGAACAUUUCAUCACACAAGCCCGUCGCGGUGCAGCGCCACUGGCUGACUGGGGAACUACAGGUGCGUUUCGCUUCGAUCCUGGCAACGGCCGGCCACGGUCACGUGCAGGCCGGGAUAGUGGUCACGUGCGGUGGGUCAGAGAGCGGCGAGAUGCAGGUGAGGGAAGUGAAAUUGGAAAUCGAGGACGUGGAUGGAAUUCAAUUGAAUGGGAAGGACAGUAUGGUCAUUUUGGAAGGGGCAUUGGCCGGCAAAAAGGGGACAGGGAAAAACAGGGUGCGAGAAGGGCGGAGAAGGUACAGAGAGUUUGAGAAGACGAAGAGAGAGAGAAGAGAGAGAAAGUUGAGAACAGAGGGAGCUUUGGAUAUGUUGUGCUUGGCUUCUGGUGUAUCUAUCGUUCUUGCUUUCUGGUGUUAUUUCUUGUGCAGAUAA